AUGCUAAACAUUUCAAAUUUAGAAGAUCUUAAAACCUCAUUACAAAUUUUAAGUGACCCACAAUUCAAUUAUGACGUCUAUUCGGUAUCAAUUUGGACCAAUUUUGAAACCUGUACUCAAGCAAAAGAAUUAAUUUCAAAACAAGAGAUUAUAAACCAAAAGAAAUAA